AUGGGCAACAAUCAGGCAGAUGCCCAACAAAUUGAAGAGGCACGCGGCGUUCACGAUGAUGAACUGCCUCAGAAAAACCACACGGACUAUAACCUGGUCGACCAGGAGGUUGCCAAGUACGCCACUGACACUGCGAUCGAGAUUGACGAAGCCACAGAUAAACGCCUUCGGCGGAUGAUCGAUAAGCGUAUUCUGGUGGUGAUGAUGGUCACAUACCUGAUCCAGACAUUGGAUAAGGGGGCUAUGAGCUUCUCUUCGAUAAUGGGGAUCAUGGAUGAUGCGCAUCUUGCAAGCAAUCAGUAUUCAUGGUUGACAACUAUCGUGUACAUCGUUAUUCUCUGCGUCGAAUACCCGGAAAAUUGGAUCAUCCAGCGCGUACCUAUUGCCAAAUGGCUUUCCCUCAACAUCCUCCUCUGGGGCAUUUGCAUCGCCUUGAUUGCAGCCAUGCACAACUUCACCGGUCUGGUUAUUCUGCGUGGCUUCAUGGGUGCCUUUGAAGCUGCGUGCCAGCCGACAUUCGUCUUGCUUUCGUCGACGUGGUAUAAGCGAGAGGAGCAAGCGACUAUUGUCAGCCUCUGGUACAUGAUGAACGGCCUCCAAAAUAUCCUUGGCGGUCUCCUGGCAUUUGGAUUCUCCUACAUCCCAUCCACUUCCCCAAUCAAAUCAUGGCAAGCACUCUUCAUGAGUUACGGCAUUCUCACCGUAAUCUGGGCCAUUUUCGUCUUCUACUGGAUGCCUGACUCUCCCAUGCGCGCGAAAUGCUUCACCGAAGAGGACAAACGUCUAAUGGUUGAACGAGUCCGUCAAAAUCAGACCGGUCUUCAGAACCGAAACUUCCGAUGGGAACAAGUUCGGGACGCAUUCACCGACCCACAGCUCUACGCUUUCGCUCUAAUCCAAAUUCUAACAUCCAUCCCAUCGGGAGGUAUCGGCGCCUUCGCAAACAUAAUCAUAUCAUCCUUCGGUUAUUCUGAAUGGGAAAGCCAGCUCCUGCUCAUGGUCGUAGGCGCCGUGACGACAAUUAGUCUACUCACGGCCGCCUACCUUGACAAACUAUUCAACCAAACAAUUUACAUCAUGAUCGCAUCCGUGAUUCCCUCUAUUCUCGGCACAUCAAUUCUAGUUGGGAUUCCAUUCGAACCGAGCCGGAAGAUAGGUAUGCUUAUCGCCUAUUUCAUUUUUUACGGCUUCUUCGCUGUCUCUUCUCUUUGCCUAGCUCUGCUAUCACGAAAUGUGGCUGGCCAGACAAAGAAAUCCAUUAUUAUUGCGUCAAAUUUCAUUUGUUGGGCUGCUGGCAACUCUAUUGGACCGCAGGUCUUCAGGGACAGGGACGCGCCAAGAUAUUAUCUUGCAUUCGCGAUCUUGUUAGGAUGUUUCGUUCUUCUUAUGAUCGUUUUGAUUUCUUUGAGGUUGUGGUAUUCGAUCCAGAAUCGGAAGAAGGAUGCGAUGAUUGCCUCCGGUGAGGUCGUUCCCGAUGUGGCGUUUACGCAUGGAUUUGAGGACAUUACGGAUCGGGAGAAUGUUCAUUUUAGAUAUUCUUAUUGA